UUAAGUUAUCCAUUUAUAUUUUUUUAUAAGUAUAGUUCAUUGCUUGUAAUAUUCCAUCCCACAUCUUCAUGUGAUAUUAAUAAAGUUAUUCGUUCAUUAUUACAAUUUAAAUAUACUUGGCCAAAAAUCAUUAUGUUACCUUCGUUUUUGUUUCACUCUAAUUGUCUAAUUGAAAAUGAUAAUAAACACAGAUGCAGAGAUGAUCAAAGUUCAUGUGAAAAAGAAAUAAAAGAUAAAGAUAAAGAGAAAAAAGUGGAAGCUCUUAAGAAAUGUUAUUUUAAUUUUGUAAAAAUGAGAGAUCGUGUUAAAAGAUUGAGCAACAGGAAAUUUGUAUUUGACUGAAUUAUAUAAAAGGCUGUAUCAGUUGAUUACAAUGAUAUAUAUGAAGAAAGACAGUAAUUUUUUGGAUAAGAUAAUCCUGUAGUUAGUGAUAUAAAAAUUUAGAAAUAAGAUAAAAAUAAGUCUUAUGGAGAAUUAUUAGAAAAAAGAUAUGGAGAAACUGAGGAAAAACAAGAAAAGUAUUUUAAUAAUUAAAAAUAAGUAAAAUAAAAGAUAAAGAUAAAGAGGAAGAAGUGGAAGCUCUUAAGAAAUGCUAUUUUGAUUUUAUCAAAAUGAGACAUCGUGUUAGAAUAUUGAGCAACAGGAAAUUUGUAUUCGACUGAAUUAUAUAAGAGGCUUUAUCAGUUGAUUACAACGAUAUAUAUGAAGAAAGACAACAUAUAUAAUUUUUUGGAUAAGAUAAUCUUGCAAUUAGCAAUUUAAAAAUUUAGAAAUAAGAUAAAAAUAAGUCUUAUGGAGGACUGUUAGAAAAAAGAUAUGAAGAAACUGAAGAAAAACAAGAAAAAUGAAAAUAAAGAUUACAAACUGGAUAAUGAAAAUAUUAAAGUAUCAUUAAAAUGAGAUAAUAUACAGUUAAUGAGAUAACUUAUAAAUUAAGUCAAUAAGAUUCUAAAAGAGUUUAUCAAAUUUAAUCCAUUUAUAAUCACAGCCUGUAUAUUAACGAUAAAUAAUGCAUUGUCUAGUUAAGAUCUAUUCUUUUAUAAUUAUGGCACCGGUGCUGGUGGUAAAAUAUAUUCUCCUUCAAUUUUACAUUCAUCCUUCCAAUUAUUAGGGAUCAUUGGUUCCAAGAUUUUUAUAAAUUUAUCUAUUGGACAAAUCGUGGCACAUCCAGGUAUAGUCAUUGGGUAUGGUUCAUGAAAUAAUGAUGCCUCUUUUUACAAGUGGAAUAAUUACCUGAACAUUCCAACCAUAGGCAUCUUCAUGAAGCUCUAUCAGAGUCAUAAUGUUAUAUUCUGGCAUUUGAUCAUUCCAAAUGUGUAAUACAUCAAGCAAAGUUACCACAGUACUAUCAUGCCCUACGUACAUAAACAUUUUUCUUGUUUCAGGAUGUAAAGUUCCUUUUUUUUUGGCUAUCAUAUCAUAAACGAUCUUUUUAAGCAAUGGGCCGCCUUUAAGCCGCUUAAGCAUAUCGUUAUAUGUGUUAAGUUUAAGAUCAUACAAUGUUAAGGGUAUUAAUUUAUCAGGAUAAUAUUUCUUAGUCCAGUCAGAAUCACAAGACAAUUGUAUAAAGAAAAAAGAAGGAGAAACGAAGAAAGCACAAGAGCAACAUAUGAUAGCUUUUGGUUGAGGUUUCUCGUAAAUAUAACAUAUACAUACUUAGAUAAAGAGAAAGAAGACAACGUCGAAGGUCGCUCAAAGAGAAAAUACAAAGUUUAGAGUCAAGGAUAAAAAUCACCAGCCGUGGAUCACAUAAACGAAGGUAGUCAAACGGUGGUGCCCAAACACCGAAAUGCUCGUCGCAAAAAAGCGAAAAGCGUGACUAGUGAUUCCAAGGGGAGGGUCAUGACAAAUCCUUGUGGAGAAUUCCGCAAGGAUAUGCAAAAGCGUAUUGCGCCAGGGGGUCCACAGUCGGCUAUAUUACCAGCAUGUUCCAUGACUACGAUUCAAACUCAAAGUGUCCCAACAACGCCAAUGCGACCACGAUCACUUUAUACGACUCACAGUUAUCACGCUCAGACCGAGGACACUAACUUUCAAGUAUGUAUAUUUAUAUCUCGAUACAGUGAAUUUUCCAAGUACUUCGAAACACCACCAGCGGAUCAAUGGACUGGUAUGACGGGUACAACUACUUAUUCGAGUUCGCCGGCAAUUUGGAGACAGCCAAGAAAUCUUAAAACAAUCGCAGCUCCUUAUUACGCGAAUGAGGAGCCCUGUGUUUAUACGGAAAAUUGGAGAGAACAUGAAACUGAUGCGGGUUCCGGAGGUGCCAUUACAACACCACACGGUACCAUCUCCUUGAGACUCCGCAAUAGGAUUCGAGUUGAUAUGACGGUUGAUCGUGCUGUGAGAGUGAUCAAUUUUAAGAAUAAUAUCGUGCUUUCGUUAAGUUGUUCUGGAACAGCUUCUGCAUUACUACAUCCGAAUGGAAGAAUAUAUCAAUAUGGAUCGCGCGUUGAAAUUCUAGCUCACGAUACACACGGCAAUAAUAAAUAUGCAAAGAUGUGGUACAAGGGUGUUAGUUUUACAUGUGAACAAUGUGCUCUUGUAUAUUUAGUGGAUACAGCGGGAACAAGAACGACUACUGACUCGUUUUUGGAUAUGAGUCAAGACAUUUCUUUAAGUGUUUUUUAUUCUGGCUCGCGACAUGGAUCGACGUGCUUACAAGAAGCGACUACAGUUCUCGGAGCUUCGCAAUAUUGGAUUACAGAUGAAGGUGUUGAAAAUUGGAUCAUCAAUAAUGUUAGAAUUUCUCAGACUCCAGAUGGACUUGUCAGAAUUGGACGUAAUAGCAACAAAUAUCAGUUACGAACGUCACCUAGUAAUGGAACUGCAUCCCUAACAACUCCGUUUCUACAUUGCACAGCCUCAUUGGGUCAAACAUCUCAUUUAUUUGUACGCCGAGGAGAACGGCGCAUGCAUUACGAUGGAACAAGUUUCAUUGUACGCAAUGCAGGUCACAGUGCUGGAUUUGACGAUAAUGACCAAUUAAAAGUCUAUUGAGAAUUUUGACUAUUUAUUCGAUGAGAUUAUACUUAUUAAUUAUGAAUGUAGUAUAGUCAAUAAUUAAAUAUAUUUAUCGCUUAAAAAGCUGGUCGAUAAAUAACAUUAAAGGAAUUUUUAUAAUAAAAAAGCAGUAAUAUAUACCGAAAUUACGUACAUAUGUUUAGGAACAUAUGGAUGUAUAUUUGCGUAUAUAAUUAUAAUUAUAAUUAUAAUAUAAAAAAGUUGGAACAUGAAGAUUGCAUAUUAUUGCAGUAAACAUUUUUUUUUUUUUACUUGACAUUUAAUAGAAUUGCAUUUUCAACAUAUUUAGGAAUUUAAUUUAAUUGCUUUAUUGUUAAAAACAAUAACAUUAGUAUAAUUCAAGUAUGUUCUUUACUAUUAUUUUUUGCACUUAUUAAUAAAUAUAUAAAAGAUUAUGUAUUGUAUCUUGUUUUGUAAUUUAUAAAAAGUACAAUUUCAUUAAUUACAGUAAUGAUAAGUAUACUAUAUGAUACUUAUAGAUUAUUUUACUAUGCAAUUUAUUUUAUAAACUUUUAUUCUCUCUAUCAAUAAUAUUUAAUAGUAAUGCAUCAAUUUGAAAAUUUUCUUAGAUAAAUGUUAUAUAAAUCUCUCUGAUUAAAAUAUAAUAUAUUUAUAAAAAUACAUUUAAUUGUUACAACAAAGCUUAGACACGAUGGAUACCAUUAUGAUCUUGACUUUCAAUAUUACAUAUGCAAGAAGACUUAUUAAAAUCAAUGAAAUUUAUUUCAUUGUUCUAAAACUAUACAUAAAGAAAAUAUUAAGUUAGUAACAUGCAAUAUUUAUUUAAAAUUAAUAAUGCAAACAUAAUUAUGGCAUAUUUAUUAUUAAAAAAUUAUAAGAAUGUACAAGCUAUGUAAGAUUUUUUUUUUAAAGAUAAAAUUUUAGAGAAUCAUAUAAUACAUCAUCAAAAUAAAUAUUCUUUGGUCAAACUUGGUUUGUAUGCUAUGAAAUUUUAUGACAGAAUUAUAUUAGAAAAUAAAAAUAUAAUAGACAUUUAUGUAAAAAUGGAAAAAAUUUUUUACUGUAUACUUGAUGUUUUAAAAGACAAUGUAUUUUUACAAUUUUAAAGGAAUUUUCUUUUCUUAAUAAGAAUAUAAUAAAAUUACAGUAUAUCAAUAUUUUAUUUGAUAAAAUGCUAUCAUAAAAAUAGUUUAUACUUCGCUUCAGAUUUGAUAUAAUUGAUCAAAUUUUUAAUAUAAAUAAUUAGUUUCAGUAUCUUAAUCAUAACAAUUAGUAAAAAAUUAUUAUAAAAUAAAUCAAAAUCCGCGAUGAUCGAAGCGCUACCUAGUAGAACAUUUCGAAAGUUUCGUAAUUUAUAAGGAAUAUAAUGUAAAACUACGAAUAUCCAGGAGCGUUACAAAAUAUUGGGUCAAAAGGGGCUCCUGCAGAAUGUCGGUAAUGCAGAGAUAUAUAUUAUCAUUUAUGUUAGCGAUCUUAUUAAAUAUUUGUAAUGAAAACUUUGUCAUGAUAAAGUAAAAUAAGUAUUGAGACUGAAGGAUAUAUUAUUACGAUACAAUUCAUGAUUAAAUAAACGAUCUAUUAUAUGAAACAUCUAAAAAGACAACUUGAAUAAUUUCUUUAUCUUUGAAAAUAUAACAAAGUGUAGAUA